AGGACUGAUGCAUAGACAAAAGGCCUGUAACACAAUAACAGCAGGUUCAUUGUGCCAAAUCCAGGACUGAUAAAAAUUGGCGUCCCACACAAUGGCAGCAUCUUAAUUUUGCACAAUUCAGAUUUCUGCAAGGUGUGUCAUAGAUGAAAAAUCAAAAGUCACAAUGGCAGAGCCAGACCAAAAUGAGAAUGACCACUUGGAUCCAUCAGCUGACUUGGAGCACUGGACUAAAGAUCAAGUGAGAGAAUGGGCUCUCUCACUGGAAGGUGCAGAUGACAAAGCUGCAAACACACUGUUUGAGCAGGACAUUACAGGACGUAGUCUAAUGCUUUUAACAACAGCAGAUCUAAGAGACAUAGGUGUGAAACUGGGCCCAGCAAAAGUCCUCAUUCAUGCUAGAGAUGAAAUGAAAAAGUUAAAAAAGGAACAAACGGAUAUCUGUUCUGGAAGACCAUGUAAACCAUACCCUUUUUAUAGGUGUCAUGACACGUAUAGAUACGUGGAAGGUAACAUUCUGGAUGUAACAGAAUCUGGGGCAUCAGACUUUAUUGAACCAUGUCAUGAAUAUAAAGCUUUUACCAACACUACAGAGGAAACUAAAAUGAUCAAGUUUAUUUCUGAGGUUAUACGCUUUGCAGCUGCCUGCAUGAACAGCCGCACCAACGGUACCAUCCAUUUUGGAAUCGGGGAUGUGCCAGAAUUUACUCAUGGUCAAGUGUUAGGUGUAGUUGUUGAGAAAGAUAGAGAGGAAUAUGACAGAAAAUUAAGAUGUGCUAUCCGUCAGUGUUUUGAGGUCAGAAAUGAAAAAACAGCCCAAACUUGCAUUAAACCUCCUCGAUUUGUUAGCGUACUCAACACAAAGAACACAACUUCUGUAAAGUUUGUGAUUGAGGUAGAUAUAGUCCCUGAUUCAUCAUUAUGUGGAGACAAUAUCUAUCACACAUUCAACUGUAAUACCAAAAAGAACAAAAGCAAAGCAAAAGAAGCAUCCGAAGGUGAACAGAAGCAGUUCUUUGUUCGAGAAGGGGGCAGCAGUAGAAACCUUCUGGCUCCAACUACAAAUGCCAAACCAAUGCAAGACUACAACAAGUUUGUUACCAGUGUACCACAAUUAUUACAACUCCGAAGGCAGGCAGAGGAAAACCACCUGAGUGUAAUUAAAAGCCACAACCAUGGGUCUAAGCUGUGUCAGAUGAUCACUGGAGGAACAGGCUCCUUAGACAAGUCUUGCUAUGAGCACUACAUUAUUGUCACCAAUAAAUCCCACCCCAUUCAUUUAGACUCCAUUGGUUUCCUUGUCGAACUCAAUCCUAUAGCAGUGCUGGACUUUGAUCCCCAGUCUUUUAAAAAUGGGCUAUGUGAGGGCUUUGAAAAUAAAAGUCCUGUUAGUCUCCAUUCACCAGACAAGUAUAAAAUCACAGAAUCCGUUGAGGACAUUGCAAAAAAAUUGCAGCUGACACGAAGUACCAGCUGGGUGUUCUGCAAUGGAAAAACUGGUGAAGAGCAGCCCGCGGAGAUGAAUCUCUGGUUGAUGGACAAAGGAGCCUCGGUUCGAAAUGUGAUUUCUUUUUUAUGUCGAAAAGAUGUUCUUCGAAACAAAAGGUUUCUUGUUGUUUUUUUACUAUUGUCAAGAGUAAAUGACAAGAUGGAUCCUCUUGUGGAGACCUUCUGUACAUUUUAUCAGGAACUGAAAGGCAAAGAGCAGAUCCUUUGUAUUUGUGAGAAUGAGAAUGCAUUUACCUUGUGGAAAAACUUGAUAGACACUCGCUGUGAAGUGGACAUCUCAAAUAGAUGCAUCUAUGAGCUCAGCUUUGCAGAGGUCAAUGGCACCAUCCUGAGCCUUCAGUCAGAGAACCGCAGGAAGAGCCGAUUCCUCCCGGGAGCUGGAGGGGGCAGAGUGCUUCUAGAGAAGAAAGUGGAGCGCCAGCUCACUACACUGGAUGUUGUUUGUGUGAAUCAGUGUGAAGGAGGAAAUGAAGACCAAGUCUCCAUCGAGCAGAACUUCUACAGAGGGGGAGACGUGUCCUGGUGGAACUUCUAUUUCUCAGAGCAGCCUGGCUCCAUGCCGUUUAUUAAAAGGGACAAAUUUGUUUACAUAGUUGACACACUCAUCCCAGACUUGUGUUCCUUGAGAAAAGCCUGUGUCCUCUUGAACCUCCUCCAUGUACCUGGAUGUGGUGGAACCACUCUGGCCAAACACACUCUGUGGACUCUCCGAGAAAAGUUCCGCAGUGCUGUGCUUAUUGACAACGACGCAGACCCAGUUACAGUGGCAGAACAUGUGGUCACCCUCCUGCAGUGUGGCUGUAAGGAGCAAGAACCCCCAGUGCCUGUGUUGUUGAUGAUAGAUGAUUUCGAAGACAUGGAGAAGGUCUUCAACUUACAACAGCUCAUUGAGAAACAGUGUUUGAGCAGCAGUGUCCAGUCCAGGUCUCCACAGGUGAUCCUCCUCAACUGCAUGAGGUCAGAACACAUUUCUGGUCCAACUGAUCCAACUGAAGACACUGUAUUCAUUGGCAAUAAACUCACAGAUGAUGAGCAGAAACAAUUUGAUCAGAAAUUUGUAGAAAUGGAAAAAAGACAUUCUAAAAAAGACACUAAAACCUUUUAUGGAUUCAUGGUCAUGAAAACCAACUUCGACAUUAAGUACAUUAAAAGUGUUGUUCAACACACCCUUCAGAAAUUUGACAUGGAGCAAAAACAUGCGCAGCUUAUAGCGGUGUUAGCACUAAUCAGUGUUUACUGCAAACAUGCAGCUCUGUCUCUCUCUUUGUGUGAGGAAUAUCUUAGUCUGCAGCCAAAGCCAUGUUUGGGAGACAAUGAGGUUGAAGAGGGAUUUCAGCAGUUUUCAACUUUAAUCUUGUCCUGUAACAUAAGAUCUAAGGUUUUGUUUAAAGGAGUUAGAAUGAUCCAUUCACAAAUUGCAUUGCACUGCCUGAAGGAAAUUAACGUAACACACAAAGUCAGCAAAGCAGAGAUUGCUAACUUCAUCUUGACUACUGAUAAGCUUUAUGACUGCACACAAGGUAAAAACAGGCUCAUGCAGGAUGUUCAUGACAUUUUAGUUAAAAGGUAUCCUUUUGAACAAGAAGCUCAACCUUCUGUUCUCACCAGUCCCUCACAUUACAAACCCAUCAGCUGUACUGAACAGGAUGCUUCCUGUCCAGGGAACAAGGAGGAUAAAAAAAUUGAGUCUCGGUUCUCACCCCUCAUUCAAGAUAUUGAACGUGAAACUCCAGGGUUGGAGGAGAGUGUUCUUAUACAUGCUUCCAGUAGGUUUCAAAAAGAUGCUAUUAUUUCUCAGUUACUAGCCCGGUAUUAUUACCUAAAAAGGAAAGAUUUUAUUGAGGCAAAAAAAUGGGCAAACACAUCCAAAAAAAUGUCACAAAACAGCUCAUAUAUCUCUGACACCACAGCUCAAGUUAUGAAGCAUGAGCUGAAAUAUGCCAUUGCACGUGAAAACUUUACCAAUGACCCUAAAGUACUUCAUAGACUUUUGAAACUCGCCAAAUCUGCCGUGGGUGCAUUCAAAGAAACUCAACAACUUGCAAAGCACGAGUCAUUUCAGAGGUUACAAUCCAAAAGAGACUACAACCCUUUAAAUACCUCUGGAUUCCUGGGAGAGAUACAAGUGUGUGUACACAUUAUUGAAAUGCUUGAAAAGAUCCCUUUAUUCUCUACUGGCAAGGUUCGCCAUGACCUUUUGUCUUCCAUGCUUUCUGGAAGCACAAAACUUGAUCGACUUAAAUCCUUCGAUCCUGAAUAUAAGAAACAUUUACAAUUCUACAAGGUUCUUGAAGAAUUUUCUGAUACACUGCACAAUCUCAAAGACGUGAUGAAAUAUAAUUUUAACUUCCUUGACAAAUUUAAUGUAAACCUGGGAUCUAAGUUUGGGAUGAAAGAAAGCCAUGACCAAAGAGUUAAAAGUGAGCUUUCCCGAUGCUUUGAAAAAUUUGCACAGCUUUUCUGCUUGACAGAAUCAGAAGAUUUGUUUAACAAAAGCAUGAGCACUAAAUUGAACCUGCACAAGGCCAGGCAAUUCAUUGAGAAGGAGAAAGUUGAUACAUACUCUGGAAUUUUGAAUUGCCUUUCAAAUGACAAUAAACAGGAAAUCUUGGGUAAAAUUGUUGAUGCUUACAAAUUUAUUUACAACUCUGUCAAUUGUAGUCCUGUGGAAAAAAUGAACUACAUCUACAUGAAUGUUGUGCUCAGUUGUAUCGAUCAGAAAUUGAUUGAGCCAUUUCCAGAGCUGGUUAAAAUUCUUUGCAAAUGCCUUAAGGAUCCAUUGCUAAAGUCUGAUUUGCCUCUCUACUUCAUAGCAGUCCUUCUGUUAUGGCCAGCGCAACAGCGACAUUUAAUCUUGGCAGAGAGUGCUGAACUGCGGAGUUACAUCACACAUUUGAAGACCGCUUUUCACACUGAGAUGAAACAAAUAUACAAUGGCAAGACCGCAAUUGUCCAUUUCUUCCUGGGAAAAAAGGCUGGUUAUGAACGCAUAGUGCAUCUGGGAGAAGUCAAACGAUGUAGCAAAGCAGAGAAGGAACAAUUUGCCACCAAAUGGGAAAAUGGAGUGAUAUGGAAAAACCCCAAGGUACAAGAGCUUCUUUGCAGAGUAACUGGGCAAGUGAAAUACAAACACAUUCUGGUCCAUACUGGUAAUCCUGAACAAAAUGUUGAAGUCACACCACAAUUCCAAAGUCAACUCCGACGUUACAGAGAGGGCUCCACUGUAUCAUUCUUUAUUGGGUUUUCCAUGAAAGGGCCUCUUGCAAUUGACAUUGACCAAAAUUAAACUACAUUAAAGUAGGACUCACGAGCAGUGUGAUGGGACUCUAUUGUUCUUAUCCUUCCAGAAAAGUUAGCAUUUAAAAUCACUAUUUAUCAGCCAAUGUUCUUAAAACAUAACUUAAAUACAAUUUAACCAUUUAAAAAUCAAACACGCUAAUCUUGUUGCAGAUCCCUGAAUGUAAUGUAAUGAAUGUAAAAUUAUACUUUUGUCAAUCAAAUGUUGUCUUUUGUCCAACACUUGACAUUUUAUAAUUUUGUUUGUUUUAUGAUUUAUGAAUUAUUAAAUGUAAAAAAAAAAAAAAAAAUACU